AUGCAAUUAGCGGGAUGCUCAGGUGCUCAGACUCGUGAUCCGUGUGAUGACCAGUGCUUCCAUUCACGCUACAGAACUUAUGAUGGGCAGUGCAACAAUGAGGUACAUACAAUGUGGGGUGCUAGUCAGAUGCGUUUCCGACGUCUGUUACCUCCGAUAUAUGAAAACGGUUUCAAUACGCCGGUUGGAUGGGAUCCGGAAAGGCUGUACUUUGGCUACCGCAAGCCAAGUGCGCGUGCCGUGUCUAGAAAGUUACUGAGCACUGAUUAUAUCACUGCGCAUGAAUCUUAUUCCGCAAUGCUUAUGCAGUGGGGACAGUUUAUCGGUACGUUUAUUUGUAUUCAAUGCUGUUGA